UUAUUACAUUACGUUUUUGUAAACAAUUAUGGGCACUAAUCGUCAGAGGUCUCGGUGCCACAGCCUACACUUUUCAUACUUCGUAAUUUAUAGCGAGAUCAGUGUUUGUAAACAUGGUAAAAGAAUCGCCAGUAAAUUUGUCGCCCUCUAUGAUUGAUUGCGAAUCCAGCCGCGCCCCUUGAUUUGAAUUUUUUGAGGAUGUGACCGACAAAGUUUAUGUUGUGGAAGAAUGCUCGCACAAAAACAACAUGAGAUUAUGGAGGCGAGAUUGGAACAAUGGAGGAUGCAGAAGACAAACAGGACACCACAAACCAGAAGGCAACCAACUCAUAGGAAAAAGCUACCUUGCAGCAAAGAAUUGAGUAGUUUUAAAACACAACAAAAAGGUCAAAUGUCAAGAAGUGUUCCAAGUUCAAGGAGGAAACAAAGGUCAAAACAGGAGGAUAGGUCAGCACAGGGACAAAGGUCUGUACUAGCUCCACGGUCAAAACAACAGGAUGUUUAUCAAUGCAAAGAGACAAGCUCCGAUCUAACCAUGAGAGAAAAACUUGAAGCCUGGCUUGUUGAGAAAAAAAAGCGAAUGGAAUUUGAAAAGGCACAGAUUAAGAUUCGACCAUGGAACAGUAAUAAGAGGAAGCUAGCAGUGAGCCGCCUGGAUUGGCAGCCAGACACAAGCUUCAAACUAAGAGACAUUGUAACAAGCAAAUACCGGGGGUACUACGGUCAAGCAAAAGCUUGUAAGUUAACUCCUGGUCAACUCCUUUGUCCUGUUGAUACAACUCAAAGGGAAGCGAUAAAUUUAAAGGAAAAUGUCAUGACAUGCAAUGUUAAAUAA